AUCGCCCGGUACUUUUCAUUUGUCGUGUAUUUUGUUUGCAAAGGCACUUGUCAAGUUUUGAAUGCAGUUAUUUUUUCUCUGUACAGUUCUGUAACAUUAUUUAGGUACUAUGGAAGAAUGCUGGGACGAUGAAGAGUAUACCCCUCCUCCUUCUUCCAAUGCAUAUAAAGAAUCUGUUUAUGUGCCUCCCGGAAAGCGAGUAAGUGAAAGUGGAAGAAACUCUGAAUGGAACUCUAACCGAACUAGAGAACCUUACAGAAAUCAAGACACAGAUUCGUGGAGAGAAAAACCUAGAGGUAAUAAUCGUCAGUUUUCUAGUAGAGGAAGAAAGCAGUAUUCCCAUGAUGGAUAUAAUACAAACUCAGCAUGGAAGCAGAAUGAAGAAGCUACUGAAAUUGAAAUCGGCUCGAAUUUUGUAGGUAAAGUUAUAGGUCGUGGUGGUUCCAAAAUUCAAGAAUUAGAAAGAGAAAGUGGGGCUCGAAUUAAAGUCCUGCAGAACGACAGCAGCGAUGAAACGACUCCUGUUCGAUUAACUGGCUCAUCUGAAUCUCGCGAGAAAGCAAAAAAUUUAAUCGAAGAAUUGACUUCGAAUUUUGGAAGGACUACUAUUACAAACGAAGGUGGUGAUAAUUCAUGGUAUGGAAAUUCGUAUGCGUCAUCCACAGAUGAUGGUCCCAAACUUAUAGAUUGGGACUCACUGAAUAAGAGUUGUGAAGAGGCAAGACAACGAAAGCUAGCAGCUCUGCCCCCAAUUAUAAAAGAAUUUUAUUUCGAAGAUCCAGCGGUUGCAGCAAUGAGCCCCAGAGAAGUUUCUGCAUUCAGAGCAUCAAAUAAUUCCAUAUCUGUUGUUAAAAUUAACCCUGAUGAUGAGAGACGGAUUCCUAAUCCUGUUUCUACGUUUGAUCAUGCUUUUCAACAUUACCCAGAAUUGUUGGUAGAACUUAAAAAACAAGGUUUUACCACUCCUUCUCCGAUUCAGUGUCAAGCAUGGCCUAUUAUUAUGAAAGGUUAUGACAUGAUAGGUAUUGCUCAAACUGGAACUGGUAAAACCAUUGCCUUUCUGUUCCCUGCAUUAAUUCAUAUUGUGGGUCAAGUUACACCCAGAAGUCAACGAUUGGGGCCAAGCUGUCUCAUUCUGGCACCCACUCGGGAACUUGCUCAACAGAUUGAAGUUGAAGCUAAGAAGUAUACUUAUCAUAAUAUUACUAGUGUUUGUGUCUACGGUGGUGGAAGUAGACGAAACCAGAUUGGAAUUGUCACAAAAGGUGUUGAUAUUGUGAUAGCCACUCCAGGUCGUCUGAAUGAUUUGGUUAUGAACAAAAUAAUUGACGUUACCAGUGUAACAUACCUUGUAUUAGAUGAAGCUGACCGCAUGUUAGAUAUGGGUUUUGAACCUCAGAUACGCAAAGUGCUCCUUGAUGUCCGUCCAGAUCGGCAGACAAUAAUGACAAGUGCGACCUGGACAAACGAAGUGCAAGAACUGGCUGCUCGGUAUAUGACAAAUCCAUUUAAAGUAAAUGUUGGUGCGCUUGAUUUAGCUGCGGUUCACUCUGUAUCUCAGGAAAUUAUAUUUGCGGAAGAUGAAGACAGAAGGAAUCUUUUAAAUGAAUUCAUUGCUAACAUGUCACCAAAUGAUAAAGCGAUAGUUUUUGUGGAAAGAAAAAGUGUUGCUGACGAUGUUGCAAGUGAUUUAGUAUUACGUGGUGUAGAGUGUCAAUCCAUUCAUGGAGACAGAGAGCAGUGUGAUCGAGAACAAGCUCUUGAUGAUUUAAAAACUGGUUAUGUAAGGAUUUUGAUUGCAACUGAUGUUGCUUCACGAGGUUUAGAUAUCAAAGAUAUAACGCACAUAUUUAACAUGUAUUUCCCUCAUAAUAUUGAAGAAUAUGUUCAUCGAGUAGGUCGAACAGGAAGAGCUGGUAGGACUGGAAUUGCUAUAUCAAUAUUUACCCGUCAAGACUGGAUGCAUGCUGAAGGUUUAAUCAGGAUCCUUGAAGAGGCCAAUCAGUUUGUCCCUGAUGAGUUAUAUGAUAUGGCAAAUAGAUACAGAGCAUGGAGACGUAAGAAAGAAGCAGAAGAUGCAGCUGUAGGUGGUAGACGUUUCCGUGGUGGAGGUAGAUCGCGUCGAUUUUGAAACCUUUAAUUUAUUAGGUACCAAGAAUUAUUGUGUGCUAAGGUAGGAAUAUGGGCUUUACCAUUAAGAUAAACUUUUUAUUUAAGCUAUUUAUCAUCGAAAUCUUUUUCUGGCUGUAUGUUGUUGACUAAAAUUUAAAAGAAAAAUAUACUUUUUUUUUUUUUUUUUUUUUUUUUCUAUUUCUGUAUGCAAUUUGUUUUUGAGAAAUACAUAUUUAACCUGUACAAAGAUUUAUAUUCUUUUUUAUUAUUGUCAUUAUUAUUAAAAGGAUAUAACAACUUCCAUGUCCUGACAGCAUUUAUGCUUUUAAAUGGGAACUUUUGUAGGAACAGAUUAUUUUGCCCUUCCAUCAUUUAUCAGUAACCAAGAUCUGAAUUAUUUAAAAAAAAAGGCAAAAAUUAUAUUUUUAAAUGGAAAACAUGGUAGAAAAUGAGUUCAUUAAACUGUAAACUUUUGGUGAAAUUACUAACAUGUUUGGUUACUUGUUCUAAACCUGCCUUAAAACAGAAAAAUUUUCUUUUUUUUUCACUUUUAUAGCCUUGAUUUUUACAUUAUAUGCUUAAUUUUUACAUUGCAUGCUAAUGAUUACUAAAGUUAUUUUUUGAUAUUAUUAAUAUUUUAUGUUUUUAUAUCUUUGACAUUCAUAUGCUUAUAAUUUCUAAGCUAAUUUUUUAUUUUUAUUAUUAAUAAAAAGUUUUUCUUUAUGUUCUUUAAUUAAAGAG